UAGUCCUUUAUUUUUAGCCAUUGUAUGUAAACAUUUGUGCAUUUGCUGUUAGGUUAAUUUUUCUUUGAAAUUACAUGAUUAUAAACAAUUUAUAUCCUUCUUCUUUUGAACCAUAAUUUUAUUAGUAUUGCGGUACGUUCUAAGUGUAAUUUUAAAGUUUUAAUAAGAAUAGUUUGGGCUUAGUGGUUUCUACAGAAAUGUGAUUAGGCUACAAAACAUUCAGAUUACUACAAAGUUAGUUAAUAUUAUUUUAUAAGAAAAAAAUUGACUUUCUUUGAUUAGGAAAAUAUAACUAAAGGUUGGAUGCUGACAGUGCCAGUUUGGGGUUGGACUUCCAUCACGACAGCACAGUGAUCAGAAAUCAUUGGGUCCACCACAGUUGUUUCAUGUUCCCAGGAAUCAAGGAAUGGCGGAGCAGGGGCAGCCAGUCGAAUGUAUGCCGUCUAUUAAGAUACCCGGUAGGAGACCCGGCAGCUUUGUGUAUGGUGAUGGCAGAGGUUAUUAUUACCACAGCGAAAAAGUUCGUGCGAAAUUAAGAAUGAUGAAAUGCAUUGAGAGGAGGACGAUGGGUUGCCGGGCUAGGGCUGUGAUGAGGGUGGAGGAAGGAUCACCAAUCAUGCUGACUCAGGCCAGUCGAUCACACAACCAUCAGCCCGAUGACGUCAAAGGCGAGACAAUAGCUAUGUUGGCCACUUUGAAGGAGAGAGCAAAAAAAGAAGAGGAGCUAAGAAUAUCAGAAAUCUUAGAUCAGGAGAUAGUCAGCUAUCCAAAAGCUGCCUUUGCUGUAACACGAAAGAAUGCAAGAAGAGCCAUGUACCGUAUGAGAAGUCGUGUGGAGCCAGUCCGCGCUGCUCUCACUUCGGAGCAGAUGGGUGAGGAAGAAAUGCAACAAAGCUAUGGAGAUUGCACAACAACCAAGGAGCCCCAUAGUGACGAUUCGGAAGCUACCAUGUCCACGGUCUGGGAGGAAAUAGUGCAACCUGAUGGUGAAGGUUUGGAAACAACAACCACAGUCUGGCAGGAAAUAUUACAACCCGAUGAUGAAGGAAUGGCGGAGCAGGGGCAGCCAGUCGAAUGUAUGCCGUCUAUGAAGAUACCCGGUAGGAGACCCGGCAGCUUUGUGUAUGGUGAUGGCAGAGGUUAUUAUUACCACAGCGAAAGAAUCCGUUCAAAACUAAGAAUGAUGAAAUGCAUUGAGAGGAGGACGAUGGGUUGCCGGGCUAGGGCUGUGAUGAGGGUGGAGGAAGGAUCACCAAUCAUGCUGACUCAGGCCAGUCGAUCACACAACCAUCGGCCCGAUGACGUGAAAGGCGAGACAAAGGCUCUGUUGGCCACUUUGAAGGAGAGAGCCAAAGAAGAAGAGGAGCUAGGAAUAUCCGAAAUCUUCGAUCAGGAGGCAGUCAGCUAUCCAAAAGCUGCCUUUGCUGUCACACGACAGAACGCAAGAAGAGCCAUGCAACGAAUGAGAAGUCGUGUGGAGCCAGUCUGCUCUGCUCUCACUUCGGAGCAGAUGGGUGAGGAAAUAUUGCAACACAGUUAUGGAGAUUGCACAACAACCAAGGUCAAGGAGGAAGUAUUGCAAACCCAUAGUGAAGAUUUGGAAACAACCGUGUCCACGGUCUGGGAGGAAAUAGUGCAAACUGAUGGUGAAGGUUUGGAAACAAUCACAGUCUGGGAGGAAUUAUUGCAAUCUGGUAGUGAAGAUUUGGGAACAACCAACGUCAGGGCGGAAAUAUUGCAUCCUGGUAGUGAAGGAUUGGAAUCAACCAACGCCAGUGAGGAAAUAUUGGAUCCUGGUAGUGAAAGUUUGGGAACCAUCAACGUCAGGGCGGAAAUAUUGCAACCCGGUGGUAAAGGUUUGGGAAAAGCCAGCGUUAGGGCGGAAAUAGUGCAACCUAGUAGCGGAGGUUUGGAUACAACCAAGGUCAGGGCGGAAAUAUUGCGGCCAGGUAGUGAAUGUUUAACAGCAACAAAGGUUAUGGCGGAAAGAUUACAACCUGUUAGCAAAAGUUUGGCAACAACCAAAGUCAGGGAACAAUAUUUUAUCGUUGAUCUGCCCAUCAGUGGGGAUGCUGGUGAAACCGUGGCCAGUAAACAGGUAGUCAUAAUCUUAAGCCUCCCACAUAAUCAUGGAAACCUUAGUUCAAACUAGGAUAAAAUCUUUAAAGUAAUUGUUUCAGUUGGACUUUGAAACUAUAUACUAGCUCAGUUGAAGGAAAGGCAGAUCACUAACACUGCAAAAGGACACUAAUUACACAUGUUUACCGUACAUCAGCAUAGAUUUCCAUUCCAAAUUAGUUUACCGUACAUCAGCAUAGAUUUCCAUUCCAAAUUAGUUGGUAUGGUUCAUUGUUGUUUAUAUGGUGAAUGGUUCAUAUUGUUACAAUCAUUAAACUAUUUUGUCUAAUCCAGUUUGUUUUUGAAGUAGCUAUUAUUGUGCCAAGUAUCGUAUUCAAAACAAAUUGUGUCAUAUAUUUGUACUCUUGUCUUUCAAUUACACUGUAUGAAAACAGACGAAA